GUUUGUUUUCCGUUUUGGUUUUUGUGGCGGGGGUUGCCGCCGCCCUUGGCGACCUGAGCGCGGGGCGCCCCCCCCCCGGCCUGAGCCGGCCCCCGGGAGGGGCAUGGCGUGCGGCGCGGGGAGCGGCGCCAGCCCGGGGCCCGCCAGCCCGGCACCGCUCUGGUACCACCGGGACCUGAGCCGAGCGGCGGCGGAGGAGCUGCUGGCCAGAGCCGGGCGAGACGGCAGCUUCUUGGUGCGGGACAGCGAGAGCGUCUCGGGCGCCUACGCCCUCUGCGUGCUGUUCCAGAAGCACGUCCACACCUACCGGAUCCUGCCAGAUGAGGAUGACUUCCUAGCGGUGCAGACAUCUCAGGGAGUCCAGGUGAGGCGCUUCAAGACCCUGAACGAGCUGAUCGCUCUCUACCUGCAGCCCAACCAGGGCCUGGUCUGCACCCUGCUCUUCGCUGUCGAGCGGGAGAAGGAGAAGGAGAAUGCCGAGGACAGGGACUAUUCAGAUGGGGAGGACGAAAAGCCCCCACUGCCGCCACGCUCCGGCUCCACCAGCUUCUCCCCCGCCUGCCUCGGGCCAGCCACGCAGGACGGGGCCAUCGAGAGUGCCACCAACGGCCUCAGCACAGUCUCCCACGAGUACCUGAAAGGCAGCUACACCCUGGACCUGGAGGCUGUCAAAGCCGGGGCCAGCAGCCUGCCCCAUCUCAACAAGACCCUGGUCACUUCCUGCAAAAGGCUACACAGCGAGGUGGACAAGGUCCUGUCCGGGCUGGAGAUCCUCUCUAAGGUGUUUGACCAGCAGAGUUCGCCUGUGGUCUCCCGGAUCCUCCAGCAGACCGCCGGCCAGACGGGAGAGCAGGAGCUGGAGAGCCUGGUGCUGAAGCUGUCUGUCCUGAAGGACUUCCUGUCCAGCAUCGAGAAGAAGGCUCUGAAAGCUCUCCAGGACAUGAGCUCCACGGCACAGUCUGCCCUGGCCCAGCCCUCCUCCCGCAAAGCCAAGAGCAUCCCCGUGCAAACGUUCGAGGUGAAGCUGGACAUCACCUUGGGGGACCUCACCAAGAUCGGGAAGUCGCAGAAGUUCACGCUGAGCGUGGACGUGGAGGGCGGGAAGCUGGUGGUGCUCAAGAAGCAGAAGGACUCCCAGGAGGACUGGAACACGUUCACCCAUGAUAAGAUCCGACAGCUGAUCAAGUCCCAGCGGGUGCAAAAUAAGCUGGGGAUCGUCUUCGAGAAGGAGAAGGAUAAAACUCAGCGGAAAGAUUUCGUCUUCGUCAGUGCCAGGAAGCGGGAGGCAUUCUGCCAGCUGCUGCAGCUGAUGAAAAACAAACAUUCCAAGCAGGACGAGCCCGACAUGAUCUCCGUCUUCAUUGGCACGUGGAACAUGGGAAGCGUGCCUUCCCCCAAGAGCAUCACGUCCUGGUUUACGUCGAAAGGCCUGGGGAAGACCCUGGACGAGAUGACGGUCACCAUCCCCCAUGACAUCUACGUCUUUGGCACCCAGGAGAACUCGAUGGGGGACAAGGAGUGGGUCGACUUCCUCCGGGGCAUGCUGAAGGAGUUCACGGAGAUAGAGUACCGCCCGAUCGCGAUGCAGGCUUUGUGGAACAUUAAGAUUGCCGUCCUGGUGAGACCGGAGCACGAGAACCGGAUCAGCCACGUCAGCACCUCGAGUGUGAAGACCGGGAUCGCCAACACGCUAGGCAAUAAAGGGGCUGUGGGAGUUUCCUUCAUGUUCAAUGGCACCUCUUUCGGCUUCGUGAAUUGCCACCUGACCUCAGGCAACGAGAAGACGGCCAGGCGGAACCAGAACUAUCUGGACAUCCUGCGCUUGCUGUCCCUGGGCGACAAGCAGCUCAGCUCCUUCGACAUCUCGCUCCGCUUCACCCAUCUCUUCUGGUUCGGGGACCUCAACUACCGCCUGGACAUGGACAUCCAGGAGAUCCUCAACUACAUCAACCGCAAGGAGUUCGAGCCGCUGCUCAAGGUGGAUCAGCUCAACCUGGAGAAGGAGAAGCACAAGGUCUUCCUGCGAUUCGGCGAGGAGGAGAUCACCUUCCCCCCGACCUACCGCUACGAGCGGGGCUCCCGCGACACCUACGUGUGGCACAAGCAGAAGCCCACCGGGGUCCGCACCAACGUCCCCUCCUGGUGUGACCGCAUCCUGUGGAAGUCGUACCCCGAGACCCACAUCAACUGCAACUCCUACGGAUGCACCGACGACAUCACGACCAGCGACCACUCCCCUGUCUUCGGAGCCUUCGAAGUCGGAGUGACAUCCCAGUUUGUCUCCAAGAAAGGGCUCUCCAAGGCCUCAGACCAGGCCUACAUUGAGUUUGAGAACAUUGAAGCUAUCGUGAAGACGGCCAGCAGGACCAAGUUCUUUAUCGAGUUCUACUCCACCUGCCUGGAAGAGUUCAAGAAGAGCUUCGAGAAUGACAUGCAGAGCAGUGACAACAUCAACUUCCUGAAGGUUCAGUGGUCCUCGAGGCAGCUGCCCACGCUGAAACCGAUUCUGUCCGAGAUCGAGUAUCUCCAGGACCAGCACCUGCUGCUCACGGUCAAGUCCGUUGAUGGCUACGAAUCCUACGGCGAGUGCGUGAUCGCCCUGAAGUCCAUGAUCGGCAGCACUGCCCAGCAGUUCCUCACCUACCUGUCCCACCGCGGGGAGGAGACGGGCAACAUCCGGGGUUCCAUGAAGGUCCGGGUCCCGGCCGAGCGGAUGGGCACCCGGGAGAGGCUCUACGAGUGGAUCAGCAUCGACAAGGACGAAACCGGAGCUGCCAAGGGGAAGCUGCCGCUGGUCUCCCGGGCCAGCCAGGAGCACGCCAAAUCCGCCGGACGGAAGCUCCUGCCAGGGGAGACGGCAGCCUGCCCCCUCGGGAAGCUGUCUGACGAGCCAGAGAAACCCAGCGCCCUGACUGCCGGGCGUCUGCCAGCCCCACUCCGCGGCACCUCCAAGGAGGAGACCUCUCAGGCCAGGUCCAAGCAGGACUCGGCCCCGGAGCCCGACGGCGGCCCCAUGAAGAACAGCUUCAAUAACCCGGCCUACUACGUGCUGGAGGGGGUCCCGCACCAGCUGCUGGCCGCGGACCCCCCCACUCCCUCCAAGGGGCCGGCCCCCAAGAACAAAGUGCAGAUCACGGUGCCCGUGCAGCCCGAGUGGCGCCGACAGCCGCUCCCGGGCCGGGGCGAGGAGAGCUCCUCGGACGAGGACACGGGCACCCUCAACCUGCCACCCCCCGACUUCCCGCCUCCGCCGCUGCCCAAGGCCGUGGAGUUCGAGGUGGCUGAAAACCCUCUCUACGCCAGCGCCAAGGACCUGGGUGGGGCAGCUGGCCGGGAGGAGCCCUGCACCGCCAAGCCAUGGGCUGCUGUGGCCUUCAGCGAUCCCUUGGAGUCCAAGCUGGCCCCACCCAAGCUACACCCCAGGCCUCCCCCCUCCCCUGGACCUGGCUUCCUGAUGGAGCCCCCCAAUGCCCCCCAGGCCCAGGGAGGCCUCCUGGAUGAUCGCUCCUGCUCGGUGCUGCAGAUGGCCAAGACCCUGAGUGAGGUGGAUUAUCCGGGCAGCAAAGGGGGCAGCGGCCUGGGGCGGGAGCAGCAGGGCCGGCCGGCCCCACAUCUGCUCAGCAAAGGGCGGCUGGACCUGCCCCCCAGGUGCAUGCACCCCGACUACAGCCGGCCUAUCACGUUCCCACCCCGUUCCAUCAGGGAGAGCAUCGAGGAGGACCUGGCUGAAGAGGCGCUGGGCCAGGGAGGGAGGAGCAGCUCCAGCCUGAGCGAGUGCAGCGUGGGCGAAUGGCUCCUGGCCCUCGGGCUGGAGAGGUACGAGGAGGGGCUGAUCCACAAUGGCUGGGACGACCUGGAGUUCCUCAGUGACAUCACGGACGAGGACCUGGAGGAGGCCGGGGUGCUGGAUCCCAACCACAAGCGCCUCCUGCUGGAGAACCUGCAGAAGCUCAAGAAGUAGCAGGAAUCUGCGCCUCCCACACCACCGUGCCCUGGGCGUGCCACUCUGCGCUGGCUCCUGUUCACGUCCCCCGGCCCACUCCUGCCUCCUCCCACAUAGGAUCUCGGGGGCUUUCACUAUGCCUGCGCCCCCCUUCCCCCUGGCGGGGAGGGAGGGGACUCGAGGCAGCCACGGGCUGCAUCCCCAUGGGGGGCCGGGGCAGCGCUCCAGCCUCCCUGCCGCAGCAGCUCCGGGGGACACUGGCUUGAUGCUGCGUCUGCAGGGGGGGCACCCCAGAGAUGGAGCUGUGGGCGUGGAGUGCAGAGGAGCUGCCUCACGGCGACCCAGAUCCUACCUGUCCUCACCUCCCAUGGCUUCCUGGAGGAAGCGGGGCUGAGCCAACCCAGAGCAAGGGGGCGAUGGGUGGGAGGAAGACGGAGAGCCGCACGUGGGCUGAGCGGGGGCCAUCCCAUAGCUGGGGGAUGGAAGUGGGCUAGGCCUCACGGCAGAAGCCCUGGGAGCAGGGCGCUCUGCUGCCUAAGUUAUUGCGUAUUUAUUGAACUAAGGGAAGAAGGUUUGUCUUGUUUCAAUGCCAGGCAGCCUGGGCUUGCUCUGGUUUAUGCCUCUCCUCCUCCUUUGCACGGACGUUCCCCUUCAGCCAAGCCAGGCCCUUUCCUGCACCCCUACAUCCCAUGGUGGGGACAAUGCAGUGGGCAAUGCUGGGCAGGGCCUCUCCCCCUUCCCCGGGCACAGGUGCCGCUGGGUUACAGCGCUCAGGUCACCAGGGAGCGGAGACGAGCAACCAGGCUGAGCAAGGGGCUGGAGCAAUCUACUGGGGGGGCGAGGCUGCAACCACCCGGAGGGUGGGAAAUUGGUGAUGGGCGUUGACUAGGGUCAGAGGCUGGAAUUAACCUGGGAAGCUUGGCCCAGAGCCAAGGAGGAAUUCCCUGCCAGUGCGCUGGAUCUAGAUGUUGCUUCUUUCCCCAUUGGGCUCCUGAUAAAACAGCCCCCCCCCCCCCUUCCUGGUUGGCCGGGGAGGGCUGUCUACGUCUGGAACGGUCUCUCCACCAAGUGCCUCUGCCCCAGCGAAGAAUUGGAGUAGGGGGGGUCCCUAGGGUCAGCUGGGGAGUAAAGACCAUCUCAGCCCUUCUCAUUGACUGUGGGAGCCCAUGGCAGGGGCAAUGGUCCCUCCACCCACUCCUGAGUCCUCCGUCCUCCUCUGGGCCCCAUUAUCUCAUCUCCUCUCCGGCUGUGACGUAGUUGCCUUUAGUAUCCCACUAAAGCACGCCCAGCGUAGACAGGGCCUACGGGCCGCGCCCAGGGUCACAGGGGAAGUCUGGCGGAGCAGGAAUUGAACCCAGGUCACCCCCGGCCCAGGCUAGUGCACCCCCCGCUGGCCAAUUUUCCCUGGUAUCCUUCCUGCCGGCUCAGCCCUGCCCAGCAGAUGUCCAGCCAGGCUCCAUGCACUGCCUUCUGCUACCUUAUCUUCUAGCUGCUCCUCCCUGGGCAUGGGGACCCAAGGAUCCUGCCUUCAUCUGUGCCCGCUGGUCAUGAGAGCAGGGGGCAGUGUUUGUACCUGGCGCCUUAUUCCUCCCUUGGGUCGGAGACGUCUAGGGGGGCAGGGCCUUAGCGCUGCAGUGAGCUAGGGGUUCUUUCCCAGGGAAGCGUGGGAGAACCUGCCUGUCCUUUCUGGGCCCACAGGGGGAACUGUCGGAGGACUGCCCGCUCCGGAGGGUGGCGCGCGGCUGCGUCCACCCUACGGAGGGGUCAGCUGAGUCGUGCUGUAGCUUGUAGCCCUGGCAGGCCAGCCCAUGUGCCAGCCAAGGGGCUUGGUGUGGGGGUGGGACUCAAGCGAGGGGCAGCACCCGAGUUACAACGGGAGGUCCCUCUGCAGCGAGGACAAGCCCCGAGUUCGCGUUCUCGCUGCCUGCCUGCACCGCGUUCGUGGUGGGACACUGGGGCAGAGAGCUACAGCCUUGCCCCACGUGCUGCUGUCUGCAGAGCAAGUCCUUCCACUGCCCUCGAGUCUUCACCCACCAGUCUGAGCUGCCAGCAGAGAGCAGGAGAAAGCGGCAGCUGAGACUGGCUACACCAAAGUUGCACCCGUUUAACUGAAAGUGUGAUUUCAAACCAGUUUAGUUGAACUAGAGCGAAACCCAGUGUCCGCGCCCUUAAUCCAAAUUAAACUUGGUUUAUAUCCAUGUAGGUUAGCUUUGACUCCUUCCUGAAUUAAGCAAAAUGAAUAGAAACGGGGCUGCCAUCGGCUUAAGAGCACAUGCACUGGGUUUUGCUCCAGUUUAAUGGGAUUGGUUUGAAAUCACAACCUGGGUGCAGCGCUGGCCUGUGUCUGCAGCGUCCUCGCCUGCUGCUGAGCGAAUCCAAAGCGAGUCAGUGACCCCAGCCGCUUCCCUUCAAGCCAGGCAGGACCAAAGUUCUAACGCCAGGGACUGGGCCUCCGGACACCUGGGUUCUUUUCCCCCUUCAGAGGCCAAGGUGCCCAAGGCCCUAUCCGGCAGCUCCUCUGUGGGCUAGGGGGAGAGGGAAACUGAGGCUAUUUCACAAAUGCCUCGAGAUUGUAACUGCGAAGGACGCCGUAGCUCUCCCGGUACCAUAAGCGGCUCCUUUGCCAAACCCAGCUCUGCCAGUUUCCUUUGGGGCAGUGGAGCUCCGGCACCCGGCCAGCGCCAGAGCGUUUAUAGGCCCCCGUUAACCAGAGAGCCAGGGUGGGUCUUUCCACCGCCAUGGGUAGAAAUUGUUCCCUUGUUAGCUUAGCUCACCCGCACCACCGCCCACACAGGCUGCUGGGACGUAACCACAUUUCUCAGCAGCCUCCUCCCUGCUAUGCGUCGCCUGCUGCUUUAGAAGUAACCUGGGCUCUUGGGCUGCCCCUUGUGGCCGUGAAGAGGUUGGUCUGCAAGGCCCUGGGGUGGAUGGAGUUAGGGCAGACCCUACCCUGAUCCCUUUGCUACCGAGGACCCGAAGAGGAGCAUCAUUCUUCUCCCCUCCUUCACCGGCCACUGGAGCCCGCCGCGCGGCUGGGCACGUCAGCCUGGUUGCUGGACACGCAGCGCAUCAGCGGCUGCUUGGCUAACUUGUUCCAAGCAGGAAUGCAGUCAGUGGGGCACUUGCCCCUGCUCUUUGUCAGGCCUGGGCAACUCUAUUGACCCCCCAGCGUGGGCCACGUGAGGCGAGAACCUAUGCCCCUCCAGCCCCACCCUCGCUCACUGGAGCUAACCCCGUCUCCGUUAGCUCGUAGCAAUGGCAAGCUGCUAAUCUCAGGACCAGCCACCCAGCGGGGACCCAAAGGCAUUGAGCAAGCAUGUGACAUUAACACCUGUCUCCUCUAACCCCCCUGGAGCCAGCUGCUCAUGGGGUCGAUCCCGCAGUCUAAGGCCCGCUGCCCAGGGGUGGCGCAGGGGAUCGAUACAACACCCCCCCCCUCUUUGUGGCGAGUUUGAAUCCCGCUUGAGGCAGCGGUGGCAGCCAGGAGCUGUUGCUAGAUGAGGUUAAGUCGCUAGAAGAGGGAAAGCCGUGGCCUCCCUCCUUGACUUUCUCUAGGCCCCUUUCCCUGUUAGCACAUCCCCUGGAAUAUUCCUGAUGGCUAAGUGGAACAGGGAGAGAUCAAGCCUCAAGGAUGGGCGAAAGGCCAGAGCACAUCCAGGGCUAGCGUGACUGGGUUCACAGUUCAGUUUUAAGCACAGUUCUCAUUUAAAGACACCAGCUGCCAAGGGGAGCAGCCCUGGCUGUGCCAGCCCCUUAGGCUGGUGCUGAGGGCAGGUCCCUGCUCACCGAUUUCCCUUUCCGACCAAAGGGAUUGUCACUGUGAUUUGGUCCAGUGUAGACCCCCCUUUCGGUGUCAGUGAAACAUGGCUUGCUUCUGUCCCUGUGUUAGCACAUCUGUCUCUGGGCUAGGAUGGACUGGAACCUUGUUCGGAGGCUGUUCUGAGGGACUGGUUUGUGGACAUGGGGCUAGGAGUCGGGAGCCCUGGUUUCUGUUCCCAGCUCUGAUGCUGACUUGCUUCCUCGGCGCUUUGGCCCACUCAUUUCACUGCUUUGUGCCUCAGUUUCCCCAUCUGUAAAAUGGAGGCAGUGAUGCUCAUCCGCUUUUCCGGAGCCGUACACAGGCGAGCACGCAUGCCCCAGGAGACUGGGCAGCGUAUCCAACCCUUGGAGGACUCUGCUAGAUCACUGGGGCCUUUCACACAGAAAUGAAGGACGUGUUUGGUUUCCAGUGCGGUUUAGCUAGCGGGUGCGGGGAGGAGCCGGUGCCCGCGUGGCCUGGCACGCUCUCCGCACCCCACCUUGUCUCUUUGUUAGUUUGCGAGGCAUUUGGUGUGACUUUAAUCCUACUAAACUACCGUCGUGUUGUGUUUUUUGUUGUGGUUGAAAUCACGAGCUUUUUUUUUAAAAAAAUGUUUAAUUUAAUUGUUAUUUGAAACUCUCUUCUCAUGCUUAGUAUUAUUUCUCGGGGGAGGCGGGAGACGAGAAUUUUACGUGUUAGGAUCUGAAGACUUUGCGAGAUGUUCACUUUUUAUGUCCAGGAGCCUCAUGUUCUGAAGCAAUAAAAGGGCUUGUUUGCUUAGAAA